GGAAGGAGGGAUUGAAUUUGAGGGUUGGGCGAGGAAUGGAUUUGGGAUGUUCAGACGCAAGCGUGUGGAAGGAAGCACUCUCUUUAUACCCUUCUCGAAUACAAACUCUCUCUGUGAAAAAGAACAAACCCGAUUUGGUUUCUCUGGAUGACUUCUAUUGCAACCAACUCCCUCUCCUCCUUCACCAGCGAAACCCUAACCCCUUCAUCACCACUCCCGAGCUCUCCACCCUCAUGCAAUGGAAGCUCACGCGCGGCAAAUGGAGGCCGCGUCUGUUGGAUUUCGUGUCGUCCCUAGACGACGCCGUUGUGAAAUCCGCUUCUCAGAAGGCGUUUCAGAGCCUUCCCGAUGUAUCCAAAGCCGUUUCCGAGCUCACUGUGUUGAAAGGCGUUGGUCCCGCCACCGCCUCUGCCGUUUUGGCUACCUUCGCCCCUCACUUAACCCCUUUCAUGUCUGAUGAGGCUAUGGAGGCAGCUCUUGGAAGCUCAAAAGAUUAUUCACUGAAGCAAUAUAUAAAAUUUGUGGAUAAGUUGCAGAGGAAAGCGGAGGAACUAAGUUCAGAAGGGGAUUCCUUUACCCCAUCUGAUGUAGAAAGGGCUUUGUGGAGUUUUGCUGUUGGACAGUCAUCAGGACCUCAAGCAGAUCAGGACCCUAAGACCAAACCAAGCAGGAGCUCUAAAAGGAAGAGAAAAAAUUGACAUAGCAAGCAGACCAACAAAUGAAAUUGCAAGCAAUAUCUGUUCUUUUUGCAGUCUGCAAGUUUUAUUCCCUCGUUAUGUUGGGGGUUUGUCCUUCAAUAUUGGACAGUGCAAAUUACUAAUCGUUAUCAGGUAUUUUGGUUUCAUGUUAUGGCCAAAUUAAAGUUUCCUGUUUUCUGCUAAUA